GAUUGACGUAUAUCGUCAUGGAACAAAAUACAAUUUCAAAGCAAGCGCAAAAACUACUAUAUAUGAGUUAAAACAUGGCAAAUGGAUGUUACUAAGGAAAAGUGUGAACACAACAAUUGUUUUCGACUAAUAUUUUUGAAAAUCUUACAAGAAGAUGAAUGUCAAAAAAAAUACGGUAACUUUUAAAAUUGAUGAAACAUCUGAAGAUGUAUCAAGACACAUCUCCGAGGAUAAAGAUGAGGAGUGUAAAAAGGUCAUAUAUCCCGAGGAAAUUUCAUCAGACUUUGAUACAGAUUUGGAUAUAAUACCCCCACCAAAAGACCAGAAAACAAAUGCAGAAACUUGUAUUCACAUAUACAAGACGGCUUGUUUCAAUCUUGGAAAUCAUACUCCACAGCAGAAGAUAAUCGAUACCUUGGAUAAACCAAUGAUGUCUUUAUCUUCAAGAUCAUUAGGACCAUCAGCAAUUAGACCACUGUGUUUGGCUUUAACAGAAAACAUGAAAAUAGAAACACUUAACCUGGAUGCAGUUGACCUCCAGGAUGAAGGAUGCAAAUAUGUUUCCGAAAUGUUAUUGGAAAACUCUUCAAUUUGUAGACUUAAUGUUUCAAAAAAUGGACUUGGUCCUAUAGCAGCAAACUAUUUAUCGAUUGCUAUGAUACAAUCACAGUUUCUCCAACAACUGAAUUUAUCAGAAAAUAAGUUUGACUUUGAGGCUGCUCUUAGUUUAUCAAGAGCUAUUGCAAAGAAUGAUAGAAUCUGCAACAUCGAUUUAAGUAAGAAUGGAUUUUGUUCAAGAAGUGGAAACGUUUUAGGUUCUGCCAUAGCUGAGAAUAAAAAGCUCGAAAAACUUAAUCUGAGCUGGAAUGAGAUAAGAGGUAAAGGUGCCGUGGCAGUUUUUAAAGGAAUUAUGGUAAAUACAUGCUUGAAAUCAAUUGAUUUAUCUUGGAAUGGGUUAGGUUAUGAAGGCACCUUAUCGCUGUGUGAAGCAUUGAAACGAAACAGAACUCUUCAUACAAUUGACAUUUCAAAUAAUAGAAUUAACUGGAAAGCAGCUGAGAUCCUUAGUAGGGCUCUGUCAAAGAACACUACCUUGCAGGUUUUACAUAUAGGAAACAAUCCAAUAACCACAACAGGAGCGAUGGAUCUUGUCGAGGCCGCAGAAACAAAAACCAGCGCCUUGAAAUCACUGGAUCUGACGGAUAUACCUGUAUUAAGUGAGACAACCCUUCUUGCAUUUGUGAUAAAUAGACAAAGACCCUUCCAGUUUGUACAUGGAGAUGUAGUCCAUACACCAGACGUACUUGGGCAAAGAUUUGUUUUACAAGCAACAGCAAUGCAGCGUUUACUGGCUUACAUGAAACGUUUAGGAAUAAGACCUGUGGAACUUCUAAGAGGAUUUGAUAAAAAUGUACAAUUUGACAUCACAAAGGACGAAUUCAUCAAGCGUUUAAAGAAAUGUGGUGUCCAUUUGUUCAAGUUUGAGAUGGAUGCACUAGCAGACUCUAUAGCUGUACAUGGAAAUAUAAAUUACAAAAAGCUUGUGGAUGCAGUUAAGGAAGAAAUAUAUGGCGAAAGAAGAUUGAAGAUCAAAGAAAGACAACAAAUAAAAAAAGUCAAGGAACACCACAAAAGAAUUUUAGAUCUUAACCUACCAACAAAAGUUGUAUCUACUGAUGAAAAAGAGCUCAUUGUAGUGACAAAACAACAAGGAGGAACACAAAUAAAGAAACUACCAUCCAUUGCCUCUACAAGUUAUCACAGUAUCUUGUCGUCUGCUAGUAAAAUAUCACUAUCAAAUAAGGAAGAUGAAAUAUUAUCUGCACGGAGUAAAAAGGCAACUGGUAUAUCUUACAGUGCGCCACUUGGUGGAACAGUAGAGAAAGCUAAAACUAAAAAGAAGAAACGACGAAUAAAGAAACAACCCACAGUUAAGAGUUGGAUGUCCAAAGCGGCAGUUUGAUAAUUAAAAAUUACCUUAAAUAGAUACUUAACAGACAUCGUAUUUUUUUUUAUAAUAAAAGAUAUAUGUUAGAUUGAACGUAGAACAGUUCUGUUUUAAAAUAAACAAGCUGAGAGUGUCUUUACAAAGAUAAGAAAAAGAUUUCAGUUACAGGAUCCCAGUCCUGUACCGAAUGCAGUCCAAAAAUAUAUCUACAAUCUUUUAAAUGGGAUAUUGUACCGAGAUGGAAACGAUGUAAAGGGGCUUAAAAUUGUAGUAUAUAUAUUUAAACUGUCAACUCCUGUUAAAUGUUUUAAAAAGGUUAUAUAAUUAUCUGUGUUUCUAUACUGGGUACAGAAGUACGUGAUUUUGAAAUUUGCUUUAAAUUUAACAAGUUUAUUUAUAGCAAAUGUUAAAUGGUUGCCAUCGACACUUAUUUACACAAAUUUACAUAUUUGUUUAUAAAGUUUCAUUGCACAGUUUACGAAAUAACAUAAUGAUAAUUGAAGAUACAAACUGAUUUAUAUGCUCCAUAGGGUUUCUCUUAAAAUUUGAGAGAACAAAUUAUGUAAUAUGUGUUUUUUUCAAGGUAAAUGAACUUUAUUGAGUUUAUACCUUAUAUCAUAAACAUGUUUUGCGUUUUAUAUUUUUUUUUUCUCAGAAUAAUUGUUGAUUUUUAGAUAUAAAGUACGAAUCAAAAUAUAAUGUACUGAAUUUUAAGUGGGUUAUUAUAUAUUCAUGUAGUUUUCAUACACAAAUAUAUAGAGUAUACUGAUUUGUAUCACUACAAUGUAAUAGUUAUUACGAUGAGGUUGAAUUCCCUGUCAUUUAUUCAUCAUCCACGUACGAACUUUGUCUCAGGAAAAAAUAUAUCUAACCUCACUUACAGGCAUAGAGAUGUGAUUUUGUUCUGUGACAAGUGCUAACGACCAUCCACAGGAACUUGCAGUCAUCCGAUGUUCAGUACUUCAGUUCUUCGAUUAGUUCAGGAAAGAAAUUGUUAUUGUAAAAGUAAAAGUACAAAUCUUUAUAUACAUGCUCUUUAUUAUGUCAUAAGGAUAAUUGGAGCUUUAAAUUACAUAAUAUAAUCAAGCUUGUUAUCAUUACCGUAUUAUUAAUAUCGAGUAUCUUUUUUCAAC